GCAGAGUGGGAAAGGACAAGCACCACCACCUUAUAACUGCAUCAUAAAAAUAGCACCCUUUCAAAAUAUAAUUAACCAAAUUGGGUAUAACGAACUGAAGUUAAAUCUAGUACCAUAUAUACAGGCCACCUCUAUAGUGAAAUUGGAAAAAAUAUAAAAAAGGAAAAGGAAAAGCUAUAUAAGAGAAAGAAGUAGGAAACGCCAUCGCCCAUCGCUCUCUUCCCCAUAAAAACCUUCCCAUCGCCCCACUCAGUUUUUGUCCCCAUGGCUUCGCCAUUACAAGCCCUCGCGGUUUCAUUGUUGCUGCUAAUUGCAGUACUGCCUCAUAAUGCCAAUGCAUGGAAAAGGGGAGGUCAUCAUCACCAUGCAGAGCGAGCGACUUUGCUCAAGCACCAUAGGCCCAAGUUCAAGCCCGGCCCCUGGAAGCAGGCUAGUGCAACCUUCUACGAAGGCGGCUCGGGAACAUUCGGGGGAGCUUGUGGAUACGAAGACGUGGUGAAAGAAGGGUAUGGGCUCGACAGUACAGCAGCACUAAGCUCAGUUCUGUUCAAUAAUGGUCAGACAUGCGGAGCUUGUUAUGAAAUAAAAUGUUGGAAUGACCCUCAAUGGUGCAAUCUAGGUCGCCCUUCUCUCUUCGUCACUGCCACCAACCACUGCCCUCCUAACUACUAUCAAGCAAAUGACAAUGGAGGCUGGUGCAACCCUCCUCGUGAGCAUUUUGAUCUUGCAAAGCCUGCUUUCCUCAAGAUUGUGCAGUCUUACACGGCUGGCAUCAUUCCUGUCCAAUACCGCAGGGUUCCAUGCCGGAAGCAAGGAGGCAUUCGUUUCACCAUAACGGGGAAUCCAUAUUUCAACCAAGUAUUAGUAUGGAAUGUGGGGGGUGCUGGAGAUGUGUCGAGCUUGCAAGUGAAGGGUAGCAAGAAGCUUAAAUGGACAUUAAUGAAACGGGGUUGGGGACAGAAGUGGCAAACCGAUGCAAUGAUGGUAGGGGAAUCACUCACCUUCAGGGUUAGAGCAAGUGAUGGUAGAUACUCGACCUCUUGGCACAUUGCCCCCAAGACAUGGCAGUUCGGUCAGACUUUCGAAGGCAAAAACUUCAGGUAGCUAGCUACCAUGCAAGCGUGCAUUCAUAUAUAUAUAUAUAUAUAUAUAACUCUAUUGAUUAUAUAUUAAACCUCCUCUCCUCUCCUAAUGAUCUCAAUCGCUAGCUAGCUAGCUAGCUACAUGCUACUACUCUUGUCUAGAUGAUCUGCAGCUCAAUCUUCUUGCUUGCUUUAACUUGAUCAGUCUUUGAGACCACAUAUUGUAUGUAUGUUGUUGUCAUGUAUAUCACUUUGAAAAGGACGGCUAGCAAUGGACGGUGCUACUCCCACAGAAGGAGUCCACCUUAUAGACAAGUUUAAUUUUA